UAUCAACAGAGGGCAGAUGAGAGGUUUUACGGUAAGAAGCGUGGAGUAUUCCGUAAGAAAUGGAGGGUUUGGGAGGGGAUAUACCGCCGAUGCACAACAGAAGUUUUUAUCCAUCUGCAUUCGGGGCACACACCAGCAGAACUGCAACAGGAGCGACGGUCUAUUCGGUCGGGGACAGAACAAACUCAUUCACUCAUGACUCUUUCAAGACAUAUGGGUCUUUGCCUACUACAGCCGCCUCAAAUACGUCUGUCGCCUUCGGCUGUCAAUUCGGCAACAGUUGUUAUAGUUGCAAAAUACCGCACAAUUCCUGUUUCCAGCACAGCGUGUUGAAACAAACCGCUAAUGCAUCUCUCGGUGGUCAUUCAGACAAAUCGGUGGACAUGACAGGCUUCACCACUAACGUGCACUGCAGUGAACUUCCAGGGAGGGCGAAAGAUUUUGGGGUUUAUCAGGGCUUUCAAACUCACUAUCCACGGAUUCCAGGAUACAUUGAUGUACCUGUUGUGCCUCGAAGUAGCGCUGGUGAUCCGCGACAUGGGACUGCCCUUCCAAUGGAAAACUAUCAGCCUUGGAACUGGUCAAGUAGUUGGGGUAGCCAACUUUACUGUGCAAAAGAGCAGAACCAAAGCACGCACAUUUGGAAAUCUUCUCUUGCAGAGGAUACAGCACUAAACCGGCCAGACGUCAGCACCUUUUACCGGCGUGGGAGGAAGAAAAGGGUGCCAUACUCCAAGCUCCAGCUCAGAGAACUGGAACGAGAGUACACAAUCAACAAAUUUAUCACUAAAGAGAAAAGACGACGAAUAGCCUCCUGUACCAGUUUAACUGAAAGACAAGUGACCAUAUGGUUUCAGAAUCGACGCGUCAAAGACAAGAAAAUCGUGUCAAAAACGGCAAAAGACUUUGCGCCUUUUUCAUGAAAUCCUCAAGUCCUCCAUGGUAAAUGCAGGUUGAUCUCAGGGAGUG